CCAUCUCUUUCUCUGUGAAUUCCUUUCAUCUUCAAAGCUUUCAGCUCCAAUUCUUCUUUCUUCUUCUUCUUCUUCAACCUUUGGUCUGUGAAUUCCUUGUUAUACGUACAAAUUGGAUAUAGAGAGAGAAGGUGAAAAGAUUGUGUUUGUGUAAUGUCGGUGGCAUGUGGAGUGGAGUGUGUGGUGGUGUUGGGCUGCGUGCGGUGGGGUUGGAAGCGGUGCACCUACGUCGGGAGCGACGACAGCGCCACGUGGACAGCUGCGACCCGGGAGGAAUUCGACCCGGUGCCGCGUGUCUGCCGCACGAUCCUCGCCGUCUACGAGGACGACCUGCGGAACCCCAAGUUUGCGCCCGCCGGCGGCUACCGACUAAACCCCGACUGCGUGAUUAAGCGCGUUACUUACCAGGAGACCUGCGGCAACGCGCCGCCGUACUUGAUCUACCUCGACCACGACCACCGCGAGAUCGUGCUCGCUAUCCGCGGCCUUAAUAUGGGGAAGGAGAGCGAUUACAAGGUCCUCCUCGACAACCGCCUCGGGAAGCAGAUGUUCGACGGCGGGUACGUGCACCACGGGCUCUUGAAGGCCGCGAUUUGGUUGCUGAACACCGAGUCCGAGACUCUGAGGACGCUCUGGGAGGACAACGGGAGGAGCUAUAAGAUGAUUUUCGCCGGCCACUCUCUCGGAUCCGGCGUCGCGUCGCUGCUCACGGUGAUUGUAGUCAAUCACCGCCACAAAUUUGGGGGUAUUCCCCGGAAUAUGAUCACAUGUUACGCCGUCGCGCCAGCUCGGUGUAUGUCUCUCAACUUGGCCGUCAAAUAUGCCGAUGUAAUACACUCCAUUGUGCUUCAGGAUGAUUUUUUACCAAGAACUGCCACCCCGUUGGAGGAUAUAUUCAAAUCCAUAUUCUGUUUGCCCUGCUUGUUAUUUCUAGUGUGCUUGAGGGAUACGUUUAUACCUGAUGGUAGAAAGCUCAGAGAUCCAAGAAGACUUUAUGCACCUGGCCGAAUGUAUCACAUUGUGGAAAGAAAAUUCUGCAGAUGUGGGAGGUUUCCUCCGGAAGUAAGAACUGCCAUACCGGUUGAUGGAAGAUUCGAGCAUAUUGUUCUGUCAUGCAAUGCCACAUCUGAUCAUGGAAUAAUUUGGAUAGAAAGAGAAUCUGAGAAGGCAUUACAAAUAUUGAAGGAGGGUAGUGCUGAGACGAUCACAACUGCUCCUAAGGUGCCGAGAUUCGAAAGACUGCAGACAAUUAAACAAGAACACAAGGAUGCACUGGAAAGAGCUGUGAGUUUGAACAUCCCUCAUGCUGUGUCCGCAACCGAAGAGGAGGAACCUUCUUCAGGGAGUCACAAGGAAGAGUCCGCGGAGGAGAUAAGCAUAGCUGCAGAGCCUUCUGAGGAGGAGAUUGAGGAGGGUGAAGAGAAGAGCGAAGAUGCCUCCUCAAAGGGUAAAGAAACUUCGAGUAAGAGAAUAACUAACUGGGAUGAAUUGGCUGAGAAGCUUUUCAAGAAAGACGAAACAGGGCAAAUGGUAUUGAAUAGAGACAUUAUUAAUGAGUGAUGUGGGAUUUUCUCCUAAUUAUUUCUGCGUGAAUUGUUUCUUGUCCAGUCACCCAUCACUCAGUGGGGAAAUUUAAAUUGCAACAAUGUAUCAUGGAAAUUUUUUGAGGUCAAUUCUUUGCUAAAACAUCUUAAUUCUUUUUGUUAA